AUGUCUAUGCUCGGAUUCUCUGAGCUUUACAUAGGUACAGAAAUUACCUUCACCGCACCCUCACUCCAAAAGUGGGUUAUCGAGGAGAAGCUCACCGAGGAUGUCCAACAAAUGUCAAAGUGGGAACUUGAUGGUGGCGGUGGGCCUCCCUUCGCUGUGUUCAAAUAUCUAUGCCACAGUGCGACAGACAACGACAAGAAGGCAUUUUUGAGAAUCUAUUUCCAGAUUCCCAUCGCCGGAACUGAGUUCCAACGCCCUGAGGUUCGACAACGACAGGCCCAGGCCGUUCCGCCACGAAGACAUCGUGAGCUAGACGUGCUAAAGGAUUUGAAACUACGACAGUGUUCCGUGGUCCCAACUCUCCUCGCGUAUAAAGAAGCAAAACAGGGCAAUGAUGGCGUGGUCCCAGAUGGAUACAUUACAUAUGUUGUGUGGGAUAAAGUUCCUGGGAAGUCACUCAGUCAGGAUGAAGUCUGGGAUCCUAAAUCAGGUCCAUUACGUGAGGCUAUCCGCGCAAAGUUCCGCGAUAUCUGGGAAGAGUUGAGACGUUACGGAUGGGAGCCAGGGAUGCCUGGACUGGAGAAUAUCAUCUAUGACGAGCUUACAAAGACGAUGCACAUUGCAGGUUUUCGAAACCCCGCCCCCCUUGACCCCGAACAUAAAUUUACCAACAAGACCUUUGUCGACUGGGGCUUGGCUAUACCACCCAGUAACGCCGGUUGGGAAAAUGACAGUACUAAGUGGGCUUGGUGA